AUGACAGUGACGUACGGUGUCGAGAAGUGUCCAGCCAAGUUCGAGGAGUAUCGGUGCACGCUUCCGGACCACUACCGAAAGCUGGCCGCCGAGCAGCUGCGGGAGGAUGAUCUAAUCCGAAAGCAGGCGCUCGAUCAGAUGCGCAAGUGGAUCGCGAAGCACCCGUACAUCCGGCGGUGCCGCACGGAUGCUGUGUUUCUGUUGCGCUUCCUGCGCCAGCGCAAGUUCUCCAUCCCGAAGGCGUGCGAAAUGCUCGAACGCUACCUGGCCCUUCGCCAGUCGUUCCCACACUGGUUCCAGGGACUCGAUCCGUACGACCAGAGGAUGAUGCAGCUCAACGAUGACGAGGUGUUCCACGUGUUGGGUUUCGACUCCAAGGGCCAGAUUGUGAUACUGAUCAAAUCGCGAAACUUUCGCGUCGAUCGGUACGAUCUGGUCGAUCUGAUCCGGUUCCUGCACAUGAACAUGGAGAUCCUGUCGUGUGACGAGCUGGUCCAGGUGGCCGGCGUUGUGUUGGUGGUCGACUGUUACGAGGCUUCCAUGGCGCACUUUACGCUGUUCCGGCUUAGCGAAAUGCGCCACAUCGGGCCGUACAUAAAUCAGCUGCUCCCGAUCCGGUGCCGGGAGAUCCACGUUAUCCGGCUACCGAAGGUUGCGGCCUCGAUCGUCGAUCUGCUGUUCGCCUACGUCAGCCCCAAGCUGAAGCACCGGUUCUUUUUCCACAAAACGAUCAACGAAGCGGUGAAGCACCUGGGGACGGCCCUUCUUCCGGCCGAGUACACUAACGAGGACGUCGAACCGAAAUCGUUGACUCAUGUCUACAGCAAACGGACCAUGGAUAGCCGCGACGAGCUGAAGACGAUGGACCAGAUGGAGAUCGAUGUGGCAAAGUUUUCGUCGGUAUGGAACAAAAACCUGCCCACCGGAUGUGCCCCGGGCGGGAUCGAUGCGGGGAUGGUGGGCAGCUUCCGCAAGCUGGAUAUCGAUUGA